UGGACUUAAGGGUUGUUUGCGGUAUUGUGAGAAGAUGUGCCUGACGAUCGUCUCCGCUCCCCCAGACUUUCGCGGCUGCUCGCUUCAGCCCGACGUCAAUGAAACGUCAUUUCGCCCGUCCGGAGCUCGGGUCAGGUGCUUUCAGUGAAACUAUUCCUUACCAACUCUCCCAGUCCCAAGUCCUACCAUACACCUUCACUCCUUCUCCAAACAACAGCAAAGCUACAAACCUCACUCGCGACUCUACCCACCACUCUCAAACCCCACCCCACCCAGCGCCAAAAACCAUGCUCCCCCGCCGCCUCCAACCCCUCACCCUCACCCUCAGCGCCCGCCUCCGCACACCCCAUCACCCCUCCGCCCGACAAUUCACGCACUCCGCCCGCCUAACCGCAGGCGGCUCCUCCGAGGCCUUCAACCCCAAAACCACGCGGCCGGAAGAGCAGAAAGAGUCAGCGGGCAAGGAGGCCAAGGAGGGCGAGGUGGCGGACACGAGCCCCGUUUCCAAGACGGCGAAUACGACGAAUGAUCCGCAGACGGGCGGGGCGCAGGGGUCGAAGAGUGAGGAUGGAGCUGGCAAAGGGGAACGGCAGGGGGGGAGUGGGCAUGGGAGUGCGCCUAAGGCGGGGAAGACGUGAGGGCUUGGGUUUGUUUGGUAGGAGAGGGGAGGGUGUAGUUCUGUUGCGUUUCACGGAUGAGUUGAGGAGGAGAAUACUAGGAGUGUCUAGACGUGCUACAACUUCACGCAAGGACGGGAGGUCUUGCUGAAUGAGAUGGGCCGAGCUGUGGUUUCACCUACUCGCAGCACACCUUCCGCACUCAACGAGGCGCAAUACCUCGCGAAGAUAAAAGAAUCAGCCAUAGAUGCAUGGGAACGAGUCAGAAAACGCAAUACACCGUCUCAUUUCAGUUCGAU